GGCGGGCAGCCUAGGCCGGGCGGGGCCGCUGUCGACCGGCCCGGGCGAGCUGGCGCUGGCGGCGGCCAUGUUGCCGAGGGCGCCCGGGGAUCCGCCGAGUGGGCGCCGCCUGGCCGCCCCGCCGCGCCCUGCCGCGGGGCCUGGGUCGGGGUGUCCGUGUCCGCGGCCGCGGGCGGUUCCCGGGCUCCCGGCGCGUCCCGCAGUUGCCAUUGUGUCUAAGUCAGACCUGGUCACCUUUUUGAAGCAAAAGAAGCCCUGUGGUGUGACAAGAAAGGAAAAGGUAGCCAUACACCCAGAUAUAUCUUCUUUUGACACGCAGGGCUCUUCUAUAGAAGAGUCACUCCCAGUUGUGUUUUGGGAAGAUAUGGAAAGUUUGAUGGUGAAAGGCAUGGAAGAAAUUGCAGAAUGUGAAGGCAAAAAAAAUUUUUAUUGCAAAGACUCCCAAAAUGGGAUAACUACCCAUUAUAAAAAUCUCAUAGCAAAAAGAAAUCAAGAAUGUAAAACAUCUCAGGAAAAGCUCCAUUGCAGAUCAGUUAUGUUUCCAAAGAACAAUUAUAAAUGUGUGAAAGAUUCUUAUCAAAUGAUAGACUUUAUAAUAAAUCAGAAUAUCCAUAUUAAAGAGGAACCUUGUGAAUUUGAGGACUGUGAAACUUUUAACCAGCCUUCAACACGUAGUCACCAUAGUAAAAUGAAUACAGAGAAAAAUUCAUACAUAUGUAAUACAUGUGGAGUAGUCUUCAAUCAGUGGUCAGAUCUAAAUGAACAUAAAGUAAUUCAUACUGGAGAGAAACCUUACCAAUGUAAAGAUUGUGGGAAGACCUUUAACCAGCGCUCCCAACUUACUCAGCAUUCCAAAAUUCAUACUGGAGAUAAACCUUACAAAUGUAAAGAAUGUGGUAAAGCCUUUAGCCGGUCCUCAAGUUACAUUGAACAUCAGCGUGUUCAUACUGGAGAGAAACCUUACAACUGUAAAGAAUGUACUAAAGCCUUUAGCUCUAAGUCAAAACUUAUUGAACAUUUUAGAGUUCAUACUGGAGAGAAGCCUUACAAAUGUAAAGAAUGUGGUAAAGCAUUUAGCCGGUGCUCAAAGCUUACCAGACAUUACAGGAUCCAUACCGGAGACAAACCUUACAAGUGUAAGGAAUGUGGUAAGACCUUUAAUCAAAGUUCAGUCCUGACUCAGCAUCAGAGAAUUCAUACUGGAGAGAAGCCUUACAAAUGUAAAGACUGUGAUAAAGCUUUUAGCUCUAACUCAAGACUUACUGAACAUCAGAGGAUUCAUACUGGAGAGAAACCUUACAUGUGUAAGGAAUGUGGUAAAUCCUUUCACCAGACAUCCAACCUUACUGAGCAUCAGCGGAUUCAUACCGGAGAGAGACCUUACAAAUGUAAAGAAUGUGGUAAAACCUUUAAACAGUGCUCAAGUCUUACUCGGCAUCAGAUAAUUCACACUGGAGAGAAACCUUACGUGUGUGAUGAGUGUGGUAAAUGCUUUAAUCAGUGUUCAAGCCUUACUCUACAUAAGAGAAUUCAUACUGGAGAGAGACCUUACAAAUGUCAAGAUUGUGGUAAAACUUUUAAGCAGUGCUCAAGCCUUACACGACAUCAGUUACUUCAUACUGGAGAAAGAGCCUUCAAAUGUGAAGAAUGGUAGAACUUUACAAUGUUCAAGCUUUGGCAGAAAAGAAUUCACACUCAUAGAAACCUUACAAAUAAAGGAAAAGAUAUGACAGAACAUUGACUCAAUAUCAGAUUAUACUGUUGAGAAGUUGUAACAAGUACGGAAUUUGGCAAAGCCUUGCAUGGAACUCAACUCCUCAACAUUCAUAAUGGAUAGAAAACCUAGAAAUAUGAAGGUAGAAAUGCCAUUGAUCUUAAUACUGUUUUUAGAAAACACUAGAGUACAAUGAAAAAGGUGUAGCAACAUUGGAAAGUUCUUAAAGGUAUAUUUGUUUAUUAAUGAGAGAGCAAGAACCAAAGAAUCACUUUGGCACAUGCAAUGCUGGAGAUUGAACAUGAGAACUCAUGCUCCCAAGCCCAAUGCUUUAUUCACUGAGCCACCUCCGAUCCCAUAUAUUUUUAAAGUAGUUACUUAAAAGUAAUAUCAACUGUAGAACAUACUAUUUGUGUGCCUGAGGUCCCAGGUAGCUUAGUAGCAUGCUGCUGUCUAAAUAUCUUAUUCUCCAUAAAUGCAAAUCUUAAUCUCCCCAGGUCCUGUCUAUAUCAAUUUUUUUAAAUGAAUCCUCCUUUUUUAAGUAUUUUUAUUUAUUUUUGAUAAAGUCAGAUUAAGAGGGGAUGGGGGGAUAGAGAAAGAAAAAGACACAACACUAUUUCACUGCUCAUAAUGCUUCCUCGUUGCUGGGAAGUGGUUAGAGGGUCAGGAGCUUGAACUUGGGUCCAUACACACUAUAAUGUGUAUACUGAGCCAGGUGCAUCACUUUCUGGCCCCUCUCUAUCAAGUUUAAAAGCUUUUAUACAUUGAAAGAAAUUAGCACAAAAAUAAAAAUGUGGUGUAGCAAUUAAGAGAUGAUGUUUGAUACCACAUAUCUGAAGAUGGGUUGAUAAAAUAUAUAAAAAAUACAAAUCGGGAAGAAAAGAGCAUAUCAUGGAAUUAGUAAAACAUCUGAAUAAACACUUCUCCAGAGACACUUGAAACUUCAUUUUCCACCCUUAUAAGGAAAUGAAAUAACUCCUCACACUGUUAGUAAUAGCUUAUCAAAGAAAAAUUGAAAAGGGCUAGUGAUGACAAGUAUAUAGAGAAAAUAGAACUCUGGGGCCAGGCUGUGGCACACCUGGUUAAGCACACACCUUACAUUACACAAGGCCUGUGGUCAGGGAAGUGGCAUAGUAGAAUUGUUGAAAAGUUGGAAUGCAAAAUGGUGCAGCACCUAGAAAGUGGUAUGGUUGGAUAUUUCUAAGGAAAAAGAAAAAGUAAAUGUGCUUAGGUGUUCACCCUAUAGAGUACACAACCGUGUACUUGAGUCCCUCAGCUGGAGUCUCAGCACCAUAUUGGAGUACUAGCAUAUUGGAGACAGCACCAUAUUGGAGUACCAUAUUGGAUUAGGUCCACUGAUGGUGAAGUGCUGUGCUGUCUCUUCAUGUGGAAAAGAAUGAAAAGAGUUGACCUGGGACUUGUGGCAUCCUCCAUUUGUAAGCCUCUGUCAUUACCUUUAAAAAGUAGGGAGAUACCUUAUGACCCUGAAAUACCCCUCUGUUCUUAUGAGAAGCAUACAAAAAUACUUAAUUGGAAAGGAUAGAUGUGCCAGUAUGUUUAUGCAGCACCUAAUAUGGUAUCAGCCCAAAUGUCCCAUCAACAGAUGACUGGAUGAAGAAACAGUUAUAUAGUCAGUAGACUUGUGGUCUGCCAUGAAAAAGGUGACAGCAGCCCUGGGUAUGGUGCAGUGGAUAAAGCAUUGAACUCUUCAAGCAUAAGGUCUGAGUUUAUCCCCCAGCAUCGCAUGUGCCAGAGUCAUGCUCUGGUUCUCUUAUUAGUAAGUAAUAAAUGUUUAAAAGAAAAUAGUGGGCUGGCAGAUGGUACAAUGGAUAAAGCACUAGACUCUCAAGUAUGGGGUCCCAGUGGUGAUGCUCUGAUUCUUUCUCCUCCUCUCUUUGAUAAAUAAUGAAUCUUUAAGUGAAAUGAUAAACAUAUUUUGGGACAACAAUACUGUAUAUAUUUGGUGGAAGACAAGUACCUGAUAUUUCCACUUAAAAGUGGGACAUAAAUAUCUAAAAUGAAAAAAUAUCCAAGGCUAUGGUUUGUUUUUUUAUGGCUACUCUUAAUUUAUGUGAACACUAUGGUCAUUAUCAGAGGAAACUGGGUGGGGAGUGGGCAUGAGUAGAGGGGUCCCUGGUUUAAUGGGACUUGAACUUUGGUGGUGGUUGUGUACACUAUAAUGUGAGACGAUAGCGCUAAGUUUUUAUAUUGUUAACCAUUGUUACAUUAGGAAAAAUAUUAAUAAAAAUGUAAUAAAGUA